CUCGAUCUUGCCAGCCGGACUUCUUUUGAAUUUGAAGAGUAAUUAAACUUUUCAAGCCUGCAGAUCGCAACAAAAAUGCCAUAUAAGUUGCAUUGCAGUACGUGAAGUAURGUGGAAGUUGAAAAACUGCCCUGUCAAAACACGAGCGCUAUUUUUGGCGGCAAAGUAUGCCUCGAUUCGGCUUCAAAGUCAACGAGUUGGGUCGCUACGUUGUAGUUUUAACAUGGCUGGUGAUCAACAUUCUUCUUUUUAUUCUGACUUACAACGAAUAUGCAUCUGCUCCGAAGUACACAUACCUGCGCGUUGUUGUGAAGAAAGGUCUUCCAGUUGCGAGGGGAGCAGCCAUGGUACUCAARUUCAACUGUGCCCUGGUGUUACUAUUGAUGUGUCGUAAUAUUCUCUCUAUUAUCAGAAGUCAUUGCAAUUAUGGUGUCAUGAGGCCUGUCAUUCGUGUGUUGGACAAAUCAAUAACAUUCCAUAAGUACAUUGCUUACACUAUCUGCCUCAUGACAGUUAUCCAUGUUGGUGCACACUGCUUUAAUUUUGAAAACCUUGUCAUGAGUUGGUCAAAGUCUGGUGCAAUUGAUAGCAAAGUAAGCCAAGCAGACCCCUGGGUAAAUCCUGUCAGAGAGAAGAAUUCAGAUCCAGUUACUGAAGUAAUUAAAUCAGUUCCUGGAAUAACUGGCAUCAUUAUAACGUUAUGUCUAAUCGURAUGGUUUCUUCAUCAACUGAGCUUAUCCGGAGAUCGUACUUUGAAGUGUUUUGGUACUCUCAUCAUCUCUUUGCUGUUUUUUUCAUUGGUCUCAUGGCUCAUGGAGCUGGGGAAUUGCUAAGAUUCCAGACAAACAUCGACAAACAUGACCCUGAAUACUGCGUUGAUCACCUUAAGGAAUGGGGAGAGAAAAGCUCUAAAAAAUGUGAAACACUUCCAACGUUUGGGUCUWCUGGCCCUCAGACUUGGAAGUUUGUGAUAUUCCCCCUGAUUCUAUACUUCCUGGAAAGAUGUCUGCGAUUAUACAGAUCAUUACAAAAAGUCCAGAUUAUGAAGGUUGUCAAACACCCUUCAAAUGUCGUUUCAAUACAAAUGAAGAAAAAAGGCUUCAAAAGRGAACCAGGACAGUACAUCUUUAUCCAAUGUCCUAAGAUAUCACAAUUGGAAUGGCAUCCAUUCACCCUAACUUCAGCUCCGGAGGAUGAUUAUUUCAGUGUUCAUAUCAGAGUGGUGGGCGACUGGACAGCGUUGCUUAGUAAAGAACUUGGUGCAGACAGCAGUCAACUCCGAAACAUUGAUGAGUUACCAAGGAUAUCAGUUGACGGACCUUACGGGACAGCUAGUACUGACAUCUUUAGUUACAAUGUCGUAAUGUGUAUUGGAGCAGGUAUUGGGGUAACACCAUUUGCAUCGGUACUCAAAUCAAUUUGGCACCGUUACUACCAUUCACCCGACUCKUUUUGUAUUCAGAAAGUGUACUUUUACUGGAUUUGCAGAGAAAGUUUUGCAUUUGAGUGGUUUUCUGAUCUUCUAAAGCAACUGGAGACACAGCUUACAGACUCYAAUGAUUUAGAUUUCAUCCAAAUCAACAUAUUUUUAACAAAAUGGGACACAAAAAUGGCCAGGCGCAUCGUUUACGAGGAGCAGUCCGCUGCCGAAAACGAUCCAAUAACAGGCUUAUUUUCAAGGACUGAAUAUGGUCGACCAGACUGGAAAGAAAUCUUCAAAGAUGUUGCUGAAGCCCAUAGCAAUACCAAAGUUGGUGUUUUCUUUUGCGGACCAUCAGGGCUUUCCCARGAACUUCACAAAAUGUGUGACCAAUCGAAUGACGAAGCAAGAGGAGUUAAAUUUUACUAUAACAAAGAGAAUUUCUAAUAAUGGUUCAUCCGCAAUUGAAAGUACUUUARAACAAAUAUCAUUAUUUUUUAUAAUAAUAUUUUAUAUUCAUGCCUCACGAGUGGCAUGACGGCCCUGAAUAGCGUUGUUUAAAAAACGUUAUAAACAAAACGUCACUGUCUGUAUAAUAUAAAGAAAUUUGCACAAUAAUUGAAAAUUACUAUAUUGAAAAUUAUCGAAGCUAGCCGUUUAUAUGACAUUGAUAUUAAWAAUUAAUAAAAUGUAAUAUAACACAAUAUAAUCAUCAUUAUUAGUAAUAAAUUUUAAUCUAUAUUUGAAAUUUUGAUUUCUGCCUCAAAG